UAAUCUUAGUACCACUUUCCGGCAAGGUUUGCGCACAUCCGCAUGCUAUUAAACCGCUCAGUCAAUGAUGCGGCCCGCUUGGCUUCAUUAUUAAAGUGAAAUAAAUAUAAAGGAACUUCGGAGAUCGACAAUUGAUCGCCCGCAGCGGUUUCCCGUGAGCCAAUCAAUCGCUCCGCCUCGCAAGCUCUAGGCAACUUGGUCUUCAUGAAUUCAAGAAAUAUAGUGGUACCUUCCGUUUCCUGUACAUUGGGAAACAAUUGCUGCUCUGGGCUCCUGCUUUGCUCACUGCCAGGGUUCCUUGGCUUUCCUAUUGUUUACGUGGACUUCCAACUAUUCAAGGCCAUUGUUAGGAAUCCUUCUUCAUCAGUUAUCUUAGGGGCCAACAGAGACAGCCUGAUUUAGCUUAAAAGAAAGAAAAACUAUCUGAUCAGUUUAGCAAUCCAAAAAUGGUUUUCUCUGAGAUACGUAGUGCAACCAAGGCCCAUGUUCGCAAGAACUUAAAGAUGGAGAUACUUCUUCCAACAGGCCCUCCUGAUGCAGUGGCCUCCGAAAACUUAGAAUUUGAUUUUUCUGAUGUGUUUGGUCCUGCCCCGGUUCAUGCCUCUGUUAACUUACAUGUUCCCAUUUCUGAUAAUUCAACUGAAUCAGUAAGUGAGACAGUUUAUGGCGACCCGAUAGUUAUUCUCAAGCGAUCACAUUCGCUAGUGGGUCCUUCAACCCCAGUUAGCAAAUCGUUGCAGCUUAGAAAGCUCACAAUUCAUGAGACUGACAGCUCCUUGGAACUUUUGGAGUGUACAACCAGGGAGGCAGGUGAUCAUGAUUCACCAAUCUGCAUCAGAGAUAAGCAUGAAACCAUAUCUGAGAAAUGUGAGGGCAUUGGACUUGAUGAUUUUGAGGUUUUGAAGCUUGUUGGGAAAGGGGCAUUCGGGAAAGUGUUUCAGGUGAGAAAGAAAGGUACUUCUGAAAUCUAUGCAAUGAAAGUAAUGCGGAAAGACAGCGUCAUGGAAAAAAAUCAUGCUGAGUACAUGAAAUCUGAGCGAGAUAUACUGACCAAAGUUGACCAUCCUUUUGUAGUCCAACUUAGGUACUCAUUCCAGACAAAGUACCGGUUAUACCUUGUUCUAGACUUUGUAAAUGGGGGGCAUCUAUUCUUUCAGCUCUAUAAUCAUGGCUUGUUCAGAGAGGUUCUUGCUCGCAUAUAUGCUGCUGAAAUAGUAUCUGCUGUUAGUCAUCUUCAUGCAAAUGGUAUAAUGCACAGGGACCUCAAACCUGAGAACAUUCUCCUGGAUGCGGAUGGUCAUGCCAUGUUAACUGACUUUGGUUUGGCAAAGGAGUUUGAUGAAAAUACUAGAUCAAACUCCCUCUGUGGGACGCUGGAGUAUAUGGCACCUGAGAUUGCACUCGGAAAAGGCCAUGAUAAAGCUGCUGACUGGUGGAGUGUUGGAAUUUUGUUAUUUGAGAUGCUUACUGGGAAGCCGCCUUUUAUCAGUAGCAACAGAGAAAAAAUGCAGCAGAAGAUAAUGAAAGAGAAGAUUAAGUUGCCAGCUUACUUGUCCAGUGAAGCUCAUUCUUUGCUCAAAGGCUUGUUCCAGAAGGAAGCAAGCAAGCGCCUCGGCAGUGGUCCUACUGGCAGCAAUGAGAUAAAGAGCCACAAAUGGUUCAAGUCAAUUAAUUGGAGGAAGCUGGAGAAUCGUGAGAUCCAGCCUUGCUUCCGGCCAAAUGUUGCUGGAAAAACUUGCAUUGCGAAUUUUGACAAGCGGUGGACAAGCAUGCCAGUGUUGGAUUCACCGGUUGCCAGCCCAGUGGCCGGGCAGAAUGAAUUUGCAGGUUUUACUUACGUGAGGCCUGCUCCUUUCCUUCAGAAGCCUAGUCUUCUCAGCUGAAAGACUAGUAUGGAACUAAAAUGCUUGGCUACUACAGUUUCUAUUCCAACAUUUGUUUUGGUUAAUUUGGUUAUCAACAUUACAGUCCGGGUUAUCUUUCUUGAACUUUGUUUAUAAAAAUGCUCUUCAAGCUGUUUGUCUGCUGUCUUUACUAUAACCUCUUAAGAUCUCA